AUGCCGUCCCCCAUUCCACUUGAUUCCACGUUGGGAGGUCUCUCAAUUGGGGUGACUGCCGCCACUCUGAUUUUUGGCAUCAAUUGCAUGCAGACAUUCUUGUAUUUUGUGGAACACAGUGCACAUGAUGGACGGUUUCUCAAGGCAUAUGUUGCUGCUCUAUGGUUUUUUGAGCUCAUUACAGUUGUGCUUAUCAACCAUGGAAUGUACUACUACAGCAUUACUAACUGGGGUGAUCUUGAUGUUCUAAGCAAGCCCACAGUGUGGAGUGUUAUUGUUGAGAUUGGACUUAGUACAUUGAUUGCACUUAUGGUCCAAACAUUUUUUGCCUAUCGGGUAUAUAUUCUCAGUGGGGGCAAAAAGCUGCUAUUACCUUGUAUUAUUAUGACCCUCACUCUUGCUCAAUUUGCAAUGGGUAUAGUGUACACGAGGAUGGGUCUCGCUUUCAAACGACUUUCCGGAGGGACCAGCGAUUUUGUUCGUCUUCAUUAUCAUCAUGACAUGGCAUGGAACCUGACACUUUUCGAGCCUUAUGUGAUGAGUCUGUUUGGUCUGGAACUGGCAGCCGAUGGGGUCAUCGCCGCAAGCUCUAUCUAUUAUUUACGCCAGCAUCAUGAACGCAGCUCAAUCAAGUCAACCAAGCAUGUCAUCUACGUGCUCAUCCGAUACGUCGUGAACACCUGUCUCCUUGAAGUGUCAGUGGUCAAUUCAUUUGACGAGAAUAUUAUCCAUGUUGACCCGGAAUAUCGCAGUCUGUGUCUUGUUCCUCUCAUUGCCUUGUGGGGAGCAGUGCCCAAUACUCUUGAAUUUGCACCUUUUGUUCUCUUGGUUCCACGCGCAUAUUCGCUCUCCCUCCUCUGCUCUCUCAACAACCGCGACCACUUGCGGGACAUUGGACGUGGACCAAAUGGCGUCAGCCUCACCUCCACCUCCGGGCGUCCAAGAGGGAACACAACUCUUGCUGAAGACACUGCAAACAACGUCGAGCUCAUGACGACGAGCACCCAGAUCCAGUUCAAAGUUCAGAAAGAGUCGUUCACGGACAGAGAUGACAAGAUCAUGGUGGUUUGA